GGCGCCGGUCACGUCGUCACCGCGCAGACGGUGUAUGUGUGCGCACAGGGAGCGCGGAGUGGGGGGUAUCGGCGAGGUGAAAGGUCGCGGUCAGACGCAGGGAAGCUAAUGAUUCCUAUAUGUCCGAUAGUCUCCUUCGCUUACGUGCCCGGCCGGUUGGGCGAAGACGCCAAGAUGGCGGCGAGUAACUACUACGGAUUCGCGCAUGGCGGCGCUCAGUACAGUGCACAGCCUGCCACUGGCAUUGCAUAUUCACAUCCAUCCACGCCAGCCAGUUACACUGUACAGCAAGCUCCACCGACAGCCCAUGCAGUCACUGCAGCGUAUGCUCCUGUGCCCGCUACACAAGCAGUGAGACCAGUGACCUCAGCAGCUUAUGGAAGCUAUCCAGCCGUGCACUCUGUGACAGAUUACAACUAUGGACAAAGACCACCAGAAACUACACCACAACCAACACCGGCGACAACGCAAAACUAUCAGGUAACCUAUAUAGCAUUUCCUGCUCCAGAAUAACAUCAGUUUUACUAA